GGCUCAGCCAAUCCGCGGCCUUCCGCGUCCGCGCACCCGGUCUGGCCCGCGGUCCUCCCGCCCCGGCUCCGCUCGCUCAUUCCGCCGCCGCCGCCGCCGCCUGCAGACUCGGCCCCCGCUCAAGAUGGCAGAAGCUCACCAGGCUGUGGCCUUCCAGUUCACCGUCACCCCUGAUGGGAUCGACCUCCGCCUGAGCCACGAAGCCCUCAAACAGAUCUGCCUGUCGGGACUUCAUUCCUGGAAAAAGAAAUUCAUCCGAUUCAAGAAUGGCAUCAUCACUGGUGUGUUCCCGGCGAGUCCCUCUAGCUGGCUCAUUGUGGUAGUGGGCGUGAUGUCAUCCAUGCACGCCAAAGUGGACCCCUCCCUGGGGAUGAUUGCGAGGAUCAGUAGGACCCUGGACACCACUGGCCGCAUGUCCACCCAAACGAAGAACAUCGUGAGCGGCGUCCUGUUCGGCACGGGCCUUUGGGUGGCCGUGAUUGUUGCUAUGAGAUACUCCCUGAAGGUGCUGCUGUCCUACCAUGGCUGGAUGUUUGCAGAGCAUGGCAAAAUGAGCCGUAGCACCCGGAUCUGGAUGGCCAUGGUCAAAGUCUUCUCAGGCCGGAAGCCCAUGCUGUACAGUUUCCAGACCAGUCUGCCUCGUCUGCCGGUCCCAGCUGUCAAAGAUACCGUGAGCAGGUAUCUAGAGUCUGUGAGGCCUCUUAUGAAGGAAAAUGACUUCCAUCGGAUGACAGGGCUUGCCCAAGAUUUUGCUGUUAACCUAGGACCAAAAUUGCAGUGGUAUUUGAAGUUGAAAUCCUGGUGGGCCACAAAUUAUGUGAGUGACUGGUGGGAAGAAUAUAUCUACCUGCGGGGCCGAGGGCCGAUCAUGGUCAACAGCAACUACUACGCCAUGGAGAUGCUGUACAUCAACCCAACACACAUUCAGGCGGCAAGAGCCGGUAACACCAUCCACGCCUUCCUGAUGUACCGGCGCAAACUGGACCGUGAGGAACUCAAACCAAUUCGUCUUCUGGGAUCCACGAUUCCACUCUGUUCUGCCCAGUGGGAGCGACUGUUCAAUACCUCCCGCAUCCCGGGAGAGGAGACAGACACCAUCCAGCACAUCAAAGACAGCCGGCAUGUUGUUGUCUACCACAGAGGACGCUACUUCAAGGUCUGGCUCUACCACAAUGGGAGGCUGCUGAUGCCGCGGGAGCUGGAGCAGCAGAUGCAGCGCAUCCUGGAUGACCCUUCAGAGCCACAGCUGGGGGAGGCCAAGCUGGCCGCCCUCACCGCAGCUGACAGAGUGCCCUGGGCCAAGUGUCGCCAAGAUUAUUUUGCACGUGGGAAAAAUAAGCAGUCCCUGGAUGCUGUAGAAAAAGCUGCCUUCUUUGUGACACUGGAUGAAUCAGAGCAGGGAUACAGGAAGGAAGACCCCGAGGCAUCCAUAGACAGCUAUGCCAAGUCUCUGCUGCACGGCAGGUGUUUUGACAGGUGGUUUGACAAAUCCAUCACAUUUGUAAUCUUCAAAAACGGCAAGAUAGGCAUAAACGCGGAGCACUCCUGGGCAGACGCACCCAUCGUGGGCCAUCUGUGGGAGUACGUCAUGGCCACUGACAUCUUCCAGCUGGGCUAUGCGGACGAUGGGCACUGUAAAGGAGAUACCAACCCCAAUAUCCCCAACCCCACCAGGCUACAGUGGGACAUCCCAGAAGAGUGUCAAGAGGUCAUAGAGACUUCCCUGAGCAGCGCAAAUCUUCUGGCGAAUGAUGUGGACCUGCAUUCCUUCCCGUUCGACACCUUUGGCAAAGGGCUGAUCAAGAAAUGCCGGACGAGCCCCGAUGCCUUCAUCCAGCUUGCCCUGCAGCUGGCACAUUACAAGGACAUGGGCAAGUUCUGCCUGACCUAUGAGGCCUCCAUGACCCGGCUCUUCCGAGAGGGGAGGACAGAGACUGUGCGCUCCUGUACCACAGAAUCCUGCAACUUUGUACUGGCCAUGAUGGACCCCACAAAAACGGUGGAGCAGAGGCUCAAGCUGUUCAAGGUGGCAUGUGAGAAACACCAGCACCUGUACCGCCUCGCCAUGACAGGCGCCGGCAUCGACCGCCAUCUCUUCUGCCUCUACGUGGUGUCCAAGUAUCUCGCCGUCGACUCCCCUUUCCUGAAGGAGGUUCUGUCUGAGCCAUGGCGGUUGUCCACCAGCCAGACCCCUCAGCAGCAGGUGGAGCUGUUUGACUUUGAGAAGAACCCUGACUAUGUAUCCUGUGGAGGCGGCUUUGGGCCAGUUGCUGACGAUGGCUAUGGCGUGUCGUACAUUAUUGUGGGAGAGAAUUUCAUCCACUUUCAUAUUUCUUCCAAGUUCUCCAGCCCUGAGACAGACUCACACCGCUUUGGGAAGCAGUUGAGACAAGCCAUGAUAGACAUCAUCAGCUUGUUUGGCCUCACCCUCAAUUCCAAAAAGUAACCCUGCUGGGCUAUAUCGAAGGGAAACGGACUCUUCUGAUAGAAACCAAACGACUAGGUACCACUUCUGACCUGUUGUACAGGGGAAAGAAAUUACUCUUAGAAAACUCAGUUUUCCUUCCAGAAAAGGUUCACUGUGUCUCCCUAGAACAGUAGGUCCCACCCUGUGAAGCGGGACCCUACUACUUCCGGGGAUGUUGGGGACAUUGGGCACUGUCCCCCAAAGUCCUUCAAAUUGACUAGUAUUCAUUAAGGGAUUAAAAUGCUGUUGAUUUCCUGGGUUAGUGGGAUUGUGGCUUCACACAUGUUGGAGGUGAGAGGCUUCCUCAGUGGUGACCCCAUGAAUACCUGGGACCUGAGGGUGCCUGACGCCAGCAGAGCAGUGUAAACAUUUGUCCUGUCGACAGAGACAGUGUUGUGGGAGCUGGCAGUGGUUAUAGCUGUAUCUAACACACAUAAUGUACUAACAGGAUGCGCUGGCUGGGAAUGGAGGCCUGCUGCAGGUGAAGGCCGUUAGCCCUUUGCCAGCAUACAUGUAUUUCCACCUUUGGCGCCAAGUACACCACGUCCUGAGUGUUCCCAUCUUACAUGUCCUCAAAACCUAGUGCCUUAAAGAUAGGAGGCCCCAGUGCAGGGGCUGUAGGGAAAACCUAUUUUGUCUGUGGGUGGGUAUAUGAGGGUGCUGCUCUCCUCUCGGUUUUCCACUCUAAGUCAGCACUUCCCCACCCCUAGACCAGAUCCCUCAGGGUGCAUUUACCAUUAAGCAACAAAAGAAAGACAGGCGGGUGUCAACAGAGGGGAGUGAGGGGUGUGAGGGUCAAGAGCACAUAGCUGGACACCCAGCUGAAGAACCAUGACUUGCUGUGUAUGGCAGCUGGUGGCUUAACAACAGCUUACCACUGGAACGGGAGCAGAGAAGACAGGAGGCAGCCUCACCACCACCAGGAGACACAGGUCCCAGGCACCAGGAUUCCUCUUCUAAUCUCACAGUCAGACUUGUUCUUGGCUCCAGAGUAGUCUGGGUCAUCUUGGUGACAGACUAAAGGGUCUCAAGUGACAGGUGCUAGGUUCUCAGAUCCCAUCCCUCAAUGGAUGACAGUUCCUUUCUCGUGAGCACCUGAUUGGCUGCAGGCAUGUCUGCACUGAGUGGGCUCAGUGUUUAAUGGAAACAUAAACAUCACAGAGUGGCCUCCCACCCUGAGUGGGCUCAGUGUUUAAUGGAAACAUGAACAUCACAGAGUGGCCUCCCAUCCUGAGUGGGCUCAGUGUUUAAUGGAAACAUGAACAUCACAGAGUGGCCUCCCACCCUGAGUGGGCUCAGUGUUUAAUGGAAACAUGAACAUCACAGAGUGGCCUCCCAUCCUGAGUGGGCUCAGUGUUUAAUGGAAACAUGAACAUCACAGAGUGGCCUCCCACCCUGAGUGGGCUCAGUGUUUAAUGGAAACAUGAACAUCACAGAGUGGCCUCCCACCCUGCCUCUGCUGGCCAGCCCAUUGUGGCAAGCUUAGCUGUCCACAUUUUAAGUUGUGUAUUUAUUUUUUCUGACCACUGAGUGUCCUCUCUGGCCUUGCCGGCUUCUGCUGUCCCAGCAGUACAAAUGCAAGGACAGAGCGACCAGAGCUGACAGAGGCCCUGGCCGAACAGCUCAUGUGUGUCUUGUGGGUGUGUUUUUUGGUAAUCUAAAAAAAAAUUCCACCUAAAAGGACCAAAGAUUUUUUUCCCUCUUAAAAGCAAGAAAACAAAAGUCAAAAAUAAGAAAUAAAAAGGUAAAAUCAAGAAUCAAAACAAGAUAAGGCACAGCCACCUAAAUCAUAUGUUAGUGACCGCUGACCAAUCCCAUGUUACCCUGUAUCACACGCGAACCUCAGUGCAGACUUGGUAACAGGCACAUCUGGGCUCAUUGCUCAGGUUCUGGAUGUGUCCAGGUCCUGGCUGCCCAUCUCCUUACCAGGAGGAACAGGCUUUUGUUGUACAUGUCAAAAGGAGGUAAGAGUAUUGUAUAUUUAAUUUAAUUCGGAACAAAAUGUUGUCUUACUGCAGUCAUGCUUUGAAUUUGGUGUCCUAAUUUUUACAUUGCAUGUAAAUACAAUAUGCUGUUUAGUUGUAAAUUUUAGAAAUUCCUAAUGUGAAGGAGGCUGACUAUUAAUAAAACAUUAAUCCCUUCUACCCAGCA